CCACUCUGCUAUCGCGACGAAGGUCACUUCGAAAUUAACCGUUCAAUGUGAAAUUUAAUUUUCUACCUGAGCUUUUGUAUUAUUAAAGAAAAUCAUUAACAAUCUCAACAGUGAUUUUACAUCUACGUUCGCGCUCUUUUUCGCUACCCAUCGUCGCCAUUUCUUCACGCUACGUUCUCAACCUAAGAAACAACCCCAACGUGACUGCUAACACGGUGAGUCAGUCACGCCUAAAUUAAUCCUGAAAUUAAUCGAAACGAUACACAGGGAGGAAAAGGAAGAUAUAUAUGGAAAGAGAUGAAAAGAGGCGGAGAAAGAGUAAAGCCGUGCGGUGGUUCUGCAUCAGCAAAAGUGCGAUAUGCGAAAGAGCGAAAGAGUCGGCAAGCAAACGCACGAUGAGAACCAUCGGUUGACGACGCAGCCCGUUCGUCACAAGUAAACCCAGCGUUUACGAACGUUGGUCGCGGGAGUAUUGAUCCGAACACGCACAGCCGCGCCCACGCCUUUUCCGAUGAUAUCGUCGGUACCGCUGUCGCUUCCAAACAGAGAUCGCAAUAAAAAAAACAACCCUUACCUUAAUAUUUACUUUUCGUUCUGUGGUCAUCGCAACGGAGGUUAUUAUUAUCAUUGCUAUUUCCGUGCGAUUUAAUUGCAUUUUAGAUCUGGUGCACGAUUCUAGCUCGUGGCCCGAAUUAAAAUGCAAAUCACGAUCGAAAACGAGCUGAUAGAGUUCAGGUUCGCACGUGUAUAUUUUAUAACGUAUUUAAAAGCUUUAGUAACCCCGAGAUGUAAUGAAAGCUUAUUAUUAAUUUGUUCUUGUUCCUUAUAGAGUUCGAACUAAAUCAGCUUAGGUUUCGUGGAAUAUUUCAUCACGAAGAUCGAUGCAUAGUCAUUUGGGAACAAACUCGAAUUAUUUUUGAAAAUCCGAUAAGGAAAAAAUAUAUCGAUUUUACAUUACUAAUUUCAGUCCGAUCCGAGAGAAGAAACUUAUGCUCAUGUUCAUUCGUCGUAUUUAAGGGGGAGCGUGCCUCAGUAUCUCUAUUUUAUAAAAUUAUACCUGCUGCCUUUUUGAUACCUCCCUCGUUUAUGACACGGUUGAGGGAACGUGAAUGAGCGCGAGUAAUCACAAACGACCCCUUGAUAUAUCGGACAUAACCAAGAAAAAAUGUCACUUCUUUUGGGCACCGCGGAAUCUGUCUAUUUAAACAAUAACAAAACAGAAGACUCAGUUCUUUCCGAAGACGAAAAUGAUGACUACAAUUUUAAGUAUAUACCUGCAAGUCAGUUUAAGUACAUAGUAAAGGAUGUACGCAGACAGAGGUGCAGAGAGGAGGAGGAGAGUGUAUGGGCCUCUUUUGUCAAGCAACAAGAGUUAAAUAAUUUGGAAUAUAAUAAAAAUUGUAUUCAACCAUCUAUCGAAAGUAUUAAAGAACUGUUGGAUGAGAGUAUGAGAGGAGCAAAUCAGGAACUUGAAAGACUAAAAACAGAUAUUUGGUCUGAUGAAAUAAAAAAGGAACAUGGUAGAACUGAAAAUGAUCAGAAAAGAAAAUCAAAGGUAAAUAAUAUCAGGGAUCAGUCUCCAAAGAAAGUGCCAUUUACGAGAGAUACUGGGACAGGCAGCACCAAUCUACUGCUGACAAUUCCUGAGGAAGAAAAUAUUUCUUCUUAUCACAAGAAACAAGAGGCUAGGAAUUUUAAAUCAUACACUAAAAAAUCUUGCUCCAGUCAUAUAGUAGCACAGAAAAGAGAACCCUCAUCAAAGCAGCUGCUCCACAUAACAAAUGGCAUUGAUUAUAACUCCAGUCCUGAGAUCAGUACACGUCGAGAUGAUGCAGACGGAGUGAUUUACGUACGACCUGAUCCAUUUAUUAUGCAUAAGAUUCUAGUGAUGCAAAAGAAGGUCUGCGAGCUGCUGGACGAGAUUGCGCUUCGAUUAGAAAAUAUUCCGGUGCCGGACGGCAUUAAGGAUCUGCAGAAGCGACAGCAAUGUGUGGCGGAAUUUGUCGUGCGAUUCUCCAGAAAUUAUUUAUACGAUCUUAAUAGACAUGUCAAAGACAUCCAGAGGCAUAUGUGUGUUAUCUCGCCGCGAGCGAGAGUGAAGCCGAAUAAGAGAAGCCUAGGACUUCACAUGCAUGCUAUUGAGCAUAAAUUACUUGCUGCUCAUCAGUUGCUGCUGCAUGCAUUAGUUGCUUACUGCAGACACAUUCCCAGCUCGAUUCUCAAGGGACAUCCGGGCAAGUUUAGGGAGAUACUUCAAGUAGUUGUUGAUCUGAAGACUAUGUGCGAUAGGCUCCACUUAAACACAAAUUAUCUUGAUUCAGGGGACACUGAUAUCCUAACAUUGGGGAAGAAUAUUGAAAGAAAGUGUAACGCCAUUUUAUUAAAGUUAAAGCUGCAUUCAGAUAAUGAUCUUUUGCUUGACAGUAAUAAAACGUCAUCAAUCGCGUCCUUCACUUCUCACUCAGCGAGCAAUAAGAAGCGUAUCAAUCGCAAACAGUUGCCUAAUCGGCUGAGCAUGUACAGUGCGGAUACUAAAGUUCCUAAAAGCAAUCUUAAACGGAGAACCAAUUACUAUCAUCAGAAAGAUAAAAAAUAUAACAGGAUAGACAUUAAGAAAGUUUCCAAUAAGCCCGUUUUAGUGGAUCGGCCAUAUACCAGCUCUGUAACGCUUGUACCAAACGAGAAUGCCAAUGAAGCUGGAAUUAGAAAGCACAGAACAUAUACAAAAGAAGAGGAUAUAAAGACUAUGAUGGAUAUGAUGUUACUCACGGAUUCAGAUAAUGGUAGCAACUUCGAACUACAAGAAAGUCAGGAUAAUGCAACACUCACAAGGAGAGUGCCAAAAACGUCGAGACAAUUUUCUGAUAAGCUGCAAGAUCUAGAACAAUCCGAAACCUUAGAAAACAUUGUUAAAACUACUUCUACAAAUAAUGAUGACGAACUGUUAAAAAGGGUGACCAUGAUUACCGAAGAGCACUUGUCUAAUUUAGUGCCAGUCAUAGCAGAUUUCAUUUCUUUUGUUUCUAAUAAGCAAAUUGGAUCAGAGGUAAGACCAGUGACAACAUCCUCUACAAAAACAUUGAUGGAAUUUCUACAAGCAUAUCAGUCGCCAAAGAACACGAAGAACAAGAUGAACACAGGCUGUGAUGUGUGUCAUUCUUCCACAGACAGAAACUGCGAAUGCAAAAAUAUGAAAACAAACAGGGCAACGAGUGAAAUGCAGAACAGUGGACAGAACAUGCGAUUGGUUUGUAUCUCGUCGGUAGAUAAUGCAUCAAAAGAACCACGUUAUUGCGAUACGUCGUGCCAAGUUAAUUCUGAGAGUUUAAAGGAAUUACCCGAUUUUGAAAUGAAGAUGAUGGAAACGAUAUGGACAAGAAAAGCGGAUAAGGACUUGUUUAGUAACAUCGAACUCGUUGUUUCCGAGGAAACUGAGAUGAAUUUUCUGAAAUAUAGACACGAAUAUAAGCGCGCGAUGCAAUUGAUUCCAAUGUAUUCUAGCAACACACAGAAUAAGCCAUGGGACAUUGUUGCUUGGAUAUCUGAUAAGCUCGUAGAUGAAUUGAUAACAGAAAUUGGAAAGGAGCUGGAAAUGCAUGAUGUUAUACAAAAACUCUUAGAAUUGGAAUUCCAAGAAUUUUAACAAGAAACAUGCAAAAUCGUAUUAUAAAUUUAGGAUAUUUUAUAUACAACUUAUACAAAAAUUGACAGAGAAUGUCAAUUUUUUUAAAUAAAAUAUUAAUUUCGUACAA